AUGCGGCAAUUCCCUGAAGUCCUGCCAAAUUAUCGCUGUUGGUGUGGAGUUGUGAACGGCAUUUUAGUCAUCCUCACCUGCGGCCGAUAUAGACCAGGGCGUGGUUUCCGGAAUAGUAGUAAUGGUCUCUAUUAUCAUAAUAACCAUUAUAAUCCCAACAAUAAUAAUAAUGGAAUAAUGAGUGGAGGAAUGUUUCCUUCAGGGCUGCAUGGGAGAGGCAGACAUGCACGUGAUUUGGCGUUUGAGGCGCUGCAGAGUGAUUUGGAUGAAGAGUUCAGUGAUGAGGUGGAGACGGCCAUGCAGCCAGCGGCCGUUGUGAAGAUGCGGGCAGUGACAUAG